AUGUCUGCCCCAGUGUAUCUCAAGGGCGACAAAGCUGGAUUGAAGCAAUUCUUAGACAAGUACGAUGUCUUCCUCUUUGACUGCGAUGGCGUUCUCUGGUCUGGCGACCACCUGUUCCCGGGCAGUGUUCCCACGCUGGAGAUGCUGCGCAAGAAGAACAAGCAGGUCGUGUUCGUGACCAACAAUUCCACAAAGUCCAGAGGUGACUACAGAAAAAAGCUGGAGAGCAUGGGAAUACCUGCGACCACCGAAGAAGUCUUUGGUUCGUCCUACUCUGCGAGCAUCUACAUUUCCAGGAUCUUGCCACAAUCACAUCCCCAGCUGAAGAAGAAGAAUAAAGUCUUUGUGGUUGGUGAAGCAGGAAUUGAAACCGAGUUGGAUUCUGAGGGUAUCCCUCACAUCGGAGGGACAGAUCCUGCCUACAGAAGAGAUGUUACCCCGGAAGACUACAAACUACUGGCUGCAGGCGAUCCUUCGGUGUUGGACCCAGACGUCGGAGUCGUCCUUGUGGGCCUAGAUUUUCACUUCAACUACCUGAAGAUGUGCUAUGCCUACCACUACAUCAAACGCGGCGCCAUCUUCCUAGCGACCAACGUGGACUCGACGCUCCCAUCUGCUGGAGCUCUUUUCCCAGGCGCGGGGAGCAUGUCUGCACCUUUGAUCGCCAUGCUGGGAGGUCAGCAGCCCAUGGCAUUUGGCAAACCCAAUCAAGCCAUGAUGGAUGCCAUUGAGGGUAAAUUUCAAUUCGAUCGCAGUCGUGCUGUCAUGAUUGGUGAUCGUGCCAACACUGAUAUCAAGUUUGGUAUCGAGGGGAAGCUUGGAGGCACACUGGCCGUGCUGACAGGCGUCACCACCAAGCAAGAAUUCCUAGAGGGCGACACCAGACCAGCGUACUAUGUCGAUGAGUUGGGAGAUCUUCUAGAGGGUGCUUAG